AUGGAUCUAAAGACAGCAGUGUUUAAUGCAGCUCUGGAUGGCAAGCUGUGCCUUCUUGCCAAGUUGUUGGCAAGCAAAUUAAAAGAGGAAGUGGCCUUGUUGAUUUCUGAAAAUGGUGCCGCUCCACUUCUGAUGGCAGCCCGAUAUGGGCACCUUGACAUGGUGGAAUACCUUCUGGAGCAGUGCAGUGCCUCCAUAGAGAUUGAAGACUCUGUGAAUUUUGAUGGUGAGACCAUUGAGGGGGCUCCACCAUUAUGGGCAGCUUCUGCAGCAGGACAUUUGAAGGUGGUCCAGUCUUUGUUAGACCAUGGAGCAUCUGUCAACAAUGCAGCUUUGACUAAUUCAACUCCUCUUAGGGCUGCCUGUUUUGAUGGUCACCUGGAAAUAGUACAAUACCUUGUGGAACACAAAGCUGAUUUGGAAGUUUCAAACUGUCAUAGUCAUACAUGCUUAAUGAUUUCAUGUUACAAAGGACAUAAAGAAAUUGCCCAGUAUUUACUUGAAAAGGGGGCACACGUUAAUAGAAAAAGUGUUAAAGGAAACACUGCACUACAUGAUUGCGCAGAAUCUGGAAGUUUGGACAUCAUGAAAAUGCUUCUUAAGUGCAGUGCCAAGAUGGAAAAGGAUGGUUAUGGAAUGACUCACCUUCUGUCAGCAAGUGUGACAGGUCACACAAAUAUUGUGGAUUUUCUGACACAACAUGCACAGAUUAGCAAAAUGGAACGCAUUAAUGCCUUAGAACUUUUGGGAGCUACAUUUGUAGACAAAAAAAGAGAUCUCCUUGGGGCUUCGAAAUACUGGAAAAGAGAAAUGGACAUGAGGUAUAGUGACAGGACUAAUAUCGUCAGCAAACCUGUACCACAAACCUUAAUAAUGGCUUAUGACUAUGCCAAGGAGGUGAACAGUGCAGAAGAACUAGAAAACCUUAUUGCCGACCCUGAUGAGAUGAGAAUGCAAGCUCUAUUGAUUAGAGAACAUAUUCUCGGUCCUUCUCACCUAGACACAUCUUAUUAUAUUAGAUACAGACGUGCUGUCUAUGAAGACUCUGGAAAUUUCAAAAGAUGCAUCAAUCUAUGGAAAUAUGCUUUGGAUAUGCAGCAGAACAAUUUGGAUCCCUUGAGCCCAAUGACUGACAGUAGUUUAUUAUCUUUUGCAGAGCUGUUCUCUUUCAUGCUGCAGGAUAGAGCAAAAGGCUUAUUGGGAACUACCGUUACAUUUGAUGAUGUUAUGGGUAUACUGUGCAAAAGCGUCCUUGAGAUAGGUAGAGUUAUCAAACAAACUCAGUGUCCACCUGACCAAAUACAGUUGAAUAAAGCCCUUUCCAUCAUUUUGCACUUUGUUUGUUUGUUAGAAAAAGUUCCUUGUACUCCAGAACAGGAUCGUUUUAAGAAGCAGACCAUAUACAAGUUUCUUAAGCUGCACCCUAGAAGAAGGAAUAACUUUAGCCCUCUUCAUCUGGCUGUGGACAAGAAUACCACAUGUGUAGGUCGAUAUCCUGUUUGUAAAUUCCCAUCUCUGCAAGUUACUGCAGUACUGGUGGAAUGUGGUGCUGAUGUGAAUGUCAGAGACUCUGAUGACAACAGUCCCUUGCACAUUGUGGCACUUAACCCUCCAGACAUCAUGAACCUUCUUAUCAAAUCGGGUUCACAUUUUGAUGCCACAAACUCUCACAAACAAACUGCUGGUGACUUGUUGGAUAAGAAGGAGAUAGCUAAAAAUUUGAUCCAGCCCAUAAAUCAUACAACAUUGCAGUGUCUUGCUGCUCGUGUCAUAGUGAAUCAUAGCAUAUAUUACAAAGGGCACAUCCCAGAAAAGCUGGAGAACUUUGUUUUACUUCAUAAAGGAUAA